AUGCCAUAUGUGAAAGUAUGGACUCAUACAGGAGGUCAAAAAACUCAAUAUACAAAUGGAGACCGUUCAAACUUUUGGCUUGGCAUUCCAUUUGCUGACUCAGAAGACUUUAUGGGUGGUAUUUCAACUGUUGGUACAGUUCAAAUACAAUAUACUGGUGACAGAGACGGUCCAGAUGAAUUGAAAGCAAAGAAGUUUACAAAACCAAUAGCACUUUUCACGGAAGAUGCUCUUUUGAAGAUUCGUUCGAUGAAACCUGCUGGGGCUCCUCAGAUUGGUAUAACGACAGCUUCCAUCGAGCAGAUUUUGGCAGCAGGUCAGUAA